AUGGUGAAUGGGGAGGAAGAGUAUGAGGAAGAUAUGGUGGAUGAGGAGAAAGAGUAUGAGGAAGAGGUGGUGUAUAAGGUGGAUGAGUAUGAGGAAUAUAUGGUGAAUGGGGAAGAAGUGUAUGAGGAAGAUAUGGUGGAUGAGGAGAAAGACUCUUCCUCAUACUCUUCCUCCUCAUCCACCAUAUCUUCCUCAUACUCUUCCUCCCCAUCCACCAUAUCUUCCACAUACUCUUCCUCCUCAUCCACCACCUCUUCCUCCUCAUCCACCACCUCUUCCUCAUACUCUUCCUCCUCAUCCACCACCUCUUCCUCAUACUCUUCCUUCUCAUACACCACCUCUUCCUCAUACUCUUCCUCCUCAUCCACCAUAUCUUUCUCAUACUCUUCUUCCUUAUUCACAAUAUCUUCUACAUACUCUUCCUCCUCAUCCACCACCUCUUCCUCAUACUCUUCCUCCUCAUCCACAUCCACCACCUCUUCCUCAUGCUCUUCCUCCUCAUCCACCAUAUCUUUCUCAUACUCUUCCUCCUCAUACACCACCUCUUCCUCAUACUCUUCCUCCUUAUCCACCAUAUCUUUCUCAUACUCUUCCUCCUCUUCCACCAUAUCUUCCUCAUACUCUUCCUCCUCAUCCACCAUAUCUUUCUCAUACUCUUCCUCCUCAUCCACCAUAUCUUCAUCAUACUCUUCCUCUUUAUCCACCAUAUAUAUGGUAAAUGAGGAGAACGAGUAUGAGGAAGAUAUGGUGGAUGAGGAGGAAGGGUGUAAGGAAGAGAUGGUGUAUAAGGAGGAAGAUUAUGAGAAAGAUAUUGUGAAUAAGGAGGAAGAGUAUGAGGAAGAUAUGGUGGAUGAGGAGGAAGGGUGUAAGGAAAAGAUGGUGUAUAAGGAGGAAGAGUAUGAGGAAGAGAUGGUGGAUAAGAAUGAAGAGUAUGAGGAAGAUAUGAUGAGUAAGGAGGAAGUGUAUAAGGAAGAGGUGGUGGAUGAGGAGGAAGAGUAUGAGAAAGAUAUUGUGAAUAAGGAGGAAGAGUAUGAGGAAGAUAUGGUGAAUGAGGAGGAAGAACACUCUUCCUCAUACGCUUCCUCCUCAUCCACCAUAUCUUCCUCAUACUCUUCCUCCCCAUCCACCAUAUGUUCCACAUACUCUUCCUCCUCAUCCACCACCUCUUCCUCAUACUCUUCCUCCUCAUCCACAUCCACCACCUCUUCCUCAUGCUCUUCCUCCUCAUACACCACCUCUUCCUCAUACUCUUCCUCCUUAUCCACCAUUUCUUUCUCAUACUCUUCCUCCUUAUUCACAAUAUCUUCUACAUACUCUUCCUCAUCAUCCACCACCUCUUCCUUAUACACCACCUCUUCCUCAUACUCUUCCUCCUCAUCCACCACCUCUUCCUCAUACUCUUCCUCCUCAUACACCACCUCUUCCUCAUACUCUUCCUCCUUAUCCACCAUUUCUUUCUCAUACUCUUCCUCCUUAUUCACAAUAUCUUCUACAUACUCUUCCUCAUCAUCCACCACCUCUUCCUUAUACACCACCUCUUCCUCAUACUCUUCCUCCUCAUCCACCAUAUCUUUCUCAUACUCUUCCUCCUCAUAC